CUCCAGACAGGCAAAGGAAGUCUCAAUCACAGCUAGCUAGCUAGCAGGCUAACAUUGGUAUCUGUAGUUUUCUGAGCGAACGGUAUGGAUUCAUAUAAAUAAUCGUUUGAUUGAGACCCAGCCAUGUCUCAGCUGGAGAAGAAGGCGGGGCUUCUGAGAAGGACGUCCUCCUCUAAGAAACCCCUGAAGGAGAAAGUGGUGCUGAUGUAUGAUGAGAUCUUUGCGAAAGAGGAUCCAGCCAAGAACAACUCCCGUUUUUGGGAUGAACUCUUCCUCAUGAAGGUGAAUCUGGAGUACCUGGAGGCCAAGCUGGAGUCUCUGGAUGGAGAUGAGGUGAUGAAGAUUAAAGACAACAUCAACAGUCUGUUCCACCACUGUGUUCAGGCCCUGGCAGAGGAGCACCAGAUCAAAGUGGUCAAUGCCCUGCAGACUCUGUGUGCGUUGUUCCGUGGGGUUCACCAGAAGAACAAGUCAGCCUCAGGCUUCGACAUCAUCAACAUGCUCGUGGGCUUCGACAAGGCCGAGCUACGCAUGAAGGACUUCAUGGAGAGUUUGGAGAGCUUGCUGUGUGUGUGUGUGUGUGUCCUACAGGACUUCAUGGAGAGUUUGGAGAGCUUGCUUUUGGAGAGCUUGCUGUGUGUGUGUGGAGUAACAGACAACAUCAGUCAGAACACCAUCCUAGAGUAUGUUAUGAUCAACAGCAUCUUUGAGGCCAUUCUGCAGAUCCUAUCAGAUGUGUCCACUAGAGGACAACAUGGUUAUGAUGCUGUUGUCCUCCUGGCUCUGCUCGUCAACUACAGGAAGUACGAGUCUGUGAAUCCCUACAUUGUGAAGCUGUCCAUAGUGGAUGAUGAACCAACCCUAGAUGGAAUGGGUCUGGUGGUUGGCCAAGCCCUGACAGAAUAUAACAGACAGUACAAAGACAAAGAGGAGGAGAACCAUGGAGGAUUCUUCUCUACACUCACCAGUAUGGUGGGCAGUAUGUUCAUUGCAGAUGCAGAUGAGAAGCUCUCAGUACAGACCAAUGAGGCGAUUCUGCUGGCGCUGUACGAGGCCGUGCACCUCAACCGCAACUUCAUCACUGUUCUCGCUCAGAGUCACCCAGAGAUUGACAUCCCGACCACACCCAUCACCCCUGUUCCGACCACUCCCACGACGCCGCUUGGCACAACCCCGCUCUCUAUGGACAUGAUGAACUCUUCAGAACUUCCCCUGGAUCCUAACCUUCAGACCAGUAACCUGCUCAUCACCUUCCUCAAGUACUCCUCCAUCGUCAUGCAGGACACCAAAGAUGAACACAGACUCAACAGUGCCAGACUCUGUCUCAUCAUCCUCACCUGUAUAACGGAGGACCAGUAUGCUGAUGCCUUUCUCCAUGAUGACAACAUGAACUUCAGAGUCAAUCUACAUAGAAUGCCCAUGAGACACAGGAAGAAGGCAGCAGAGAAGAACGUCCCGUCCAGACCACUGGUGUGUGCUGUUCUAGAUCUUAUGGUUGAGUUCAUCGUAACUCAUAUGAUGAAGGACUUUCCUAUGGAUCUCUACAUGCGUUGUGUACAGGUGAUCCACAAGCUGAUCUGCUACCAGAAGAAAUGCAGAAUCAGGUUACACUAUACCUGGAGAGAACUGUGGUCAGCUCUGAUCAACCUGUUGAAAUUCCUGCUGUCCAAUGAGACCGUUCUGUUGGCCAAGCACAACAUCUUUCACCUGGCUCUACUGGUGGUGAAUCUGUUCAACAUGUUUAUAACAUAUGGAGAUACGUUCCUGCCCACCUCCAACAGUUAUGAUGAACUUUACUAUGAGAUCGUCAGGAUGCACCAGAUCUUUGACAACCUCUACUGCAUGGUACUGAGAGUGUCCACCAACGCAGGCCAGUGGAAGGAGCCUGCCAGUAAAGUCACACACUCACUGGUCAACGUCAGGGCCAUUAUCAACCAUUUCAACCCCAAGAUUGAGUCCUACGCUGCAGUGAACCACAUCUCCCAGCUGUCUGAGGACCAGGUAUUGGAGGUGGUUCGGUCCAACUAUGACACGUUGACCCUGAAGCUGCAGGAUGGUCUGGACCAGUUUGAGAGAUACUCUGAACAACCCAAGGAGGCUGCCUUCUUUAAAGAACUGGUUCGCUCCAUCAGUCUGAAUGUGAGGAAGAAUGUGUCUCUGAACACACUGAGUCAGGACCUCCUGCUCAAAGAGUUCUCCACCAUCUCCUGAGAGACACGUGUAUAUUCCUCACCCCCUGACCCUAUCUGACUACACACACUCCU